UUUCAUUACCUGAGUUGCAAACUAACUCCAGUAGAUUUAUUAUUACGGCUGCGUCCCUCCGCUUCGUGCUCCCAGCGUCUUCCGUUCGCGGCUCCUAUUGGCCGGCUGCGCUGAGAGAGAGACGGAGAGGGCUCCACAGCGCCACGCCGCGCAGCUCCGGGGAUCAUCUGGCGCAGAGAGAGAGCGCAAAGCUCGGCCGCCAGCAGCGCAGCGAGCCGCGGGGCUGGUGAGGGCGGAGGGAUGAUGUGAUGCGGGCGGCCCGGCUCAACGCUACGGGCAGGACUGGCACUUAAAAGCAGCGCUUGACACCGGCCCACUACUUUGUGUCUCGUCGUCGUGAGAAGGGAAGGGAGGCGCGGACAGCUGAGCGAAGCGCUCCAUCCUUGCGGUGUAUUUCUAGUCAGACAUGAUGUCAGUACAAACUCCGCCCCUCUCCCGUUCUGGCUCCACCCCCUCCACUGGGGGUCUGGCAAAUCGCAGUACACCCUCAGCCACCCCUCCCACCUCUCUGAGUCUUCGCUCAUCUUACAACCAGCUGCUUGGUCGCGACGUCAUCAAGGAGUCGAUGGAAACCGGGAGCUCGGCCACUUUGCCCAAGAGCCGUCAGAGGUAUGCCAUGACCACUGUGCGGAGUGCCAUGGGGAUAAGUGACAACUUUGCUCUGUCCUCUAAGUACCAACCAGUAACCAGAGGAAGAGGACUCCCAACCAAGUCCUCAUCCAGUUCUGCCCUCUACUCUUCCUCUUCUUCAUCCUCCUCCUCCUUCAACACAACUAACCCCAAACUAGCCAAGAAUGGAGCUAACAUGCAGAGGCGAGCUGAGAGCCAGCAGCUACAGCUGAGCAGGGCAAAUACUGUGGAGAAAAUUCACAAUGAUCUCUUCAAUAAUCCGACUUCAGAUUGGCUGGAGUUUGGGAAGGACAACUCUCAGCUUCCUCCGUUUCGUAGAAGAACCAAAAGCUUUUUGGAGUACCACGGCAAAUGCUGGGAUCUGGACCCCAGUUGGGAAAACAAAGAGGGGAAGGAGGAAGAGGAAGAGGAGAAGAAGCAGCUGCCUGCAUCCGAAAAAGAACAGGACAGCCCUGCCAAAGAAAGAGACAGUCAGAAGGAGGAGAAGACCAACUGCAAGCAAAACGGUCACGAGGAAAAGGAUAACGUGGAGUCUGUCGUGGAGGAAGAUGAGGAGGAAGAUGAGCCCACCCCAACGCCGAGACAGCCCCUACUGCCGGUAGUGGUUGAGGCGCCUCUUUCCUCCACCUCCUCCUCUUCUGCAAACAGCCCAGAAUGGGUGUCAGACAACCUCAACCACCUCCAGAAUCAAGCCCCAGCGCCAAUUCGAGAAGAGCUGUGUCCCCAAGUGCAAGCUAGUCCACGUAGUCCUGCAAAGCCAACUCGAACCUCCCAGCCCCGGGUGAUCAAAGUGGAGUUGCACCCCAACAACGAGAAUCAGUUUUUGCAACAAUACCCUCCAUUCUCCCCUAAGCAAGCCAGAGCUGCUGAAAAAAGCACCCCUACCAAGAAUUGGGUAUCUCCGCCCCUGCAGGAACCGGCGCCAGAGACGGGCCUUCCUAAAGUGGGCCUGAAAAUGGAUUUGACUCCUGACACACCAUCAGAGGAUGAAGACUCCAGCUGGACCACUCUGUCUCAAGAGUCACCCUCUCCACAGAGCCCAAAUGAGACAGCAGAUGUAUGGGCUGAAGGGGAUCUGCCCCCAGGCUGGCGGGAGAUCUCAGACUCAUCCGAAGUCUAUUUCUGGCACGUUCCCACCGGCACUACACAGUAUGACCGACCCGUUGCCUCUGGAAACCAAGAUACCACUUCUAGCAAUGCGCCAGACUCUGAGCAUGACCCACAAAAAGAAACACAAGACUCCCUUAAGCUACCAAAUGAGCGCCCGAGCAGUUUGAUAUCUGACAGCUCAGUGGAGCCGGUCCCUUCUCCGUCUGGUUCCUCCCCGUCCUCUUCCUCCUCCUCACCCUCCAAAGGCCUCUUCUCUCCCAAUCCAGUUCUCAGCACUACCACUCCCACAUCAAAAGACUUGAAGGACUAUCCAGUUUACCCAGAUCCCAGUCUUAAAGCAUUUGAAGGAGCUACACUCCGCUACGCCUCUCUUAAACUCAACCCUCCAGCUCAGCUUGAGACAGUGGACCUUAACAGCACAUUCUCCGAUCCAGAGGCAAUGUCAUUUCCGGUGCGUUCUCUGGGCUGGGUGGAGAUGGCAGAACAGGACCUCUGUGAGGGGAGGAGCAGCGUGGCUGUCCACCACUGCAUCAGACAACUGUCCUACUGCAGAAGGGAUAUAAGAGACUCAGCUGGAGUCUGGGGAGAGGGUAAAGGCAUGCUGUUGGUGCUUCAAGAUCGAAUGUUAACUCUGAUUGACCCAGAUGAUCGCAGUUUGCUCCACUCUCAACCAAUCAGCAGCAUCCGUGUCUGGGGCGUCGGGCGAGAUCACGACAGAAAAUGGGAUUUUGCCUAUGUGGCCAGAGACAAAAACACACGGGUGUUGAAGUGCCACGUGUUUCGAUGUGAUACUCCUGCCGCAGCCAUCGCCACAAGUCUCCACGAAAUCUGCUCCAAGAUUAUGGCUGAAAGAAAAAGUGCUAAAGCUGCGGCUGGCAGCUCCUCUCAGAAUGGCUCUGAUGUGCCCCUACAAGAGUUCCCCAUGCCAAAGACUGAACUGGUGCAGAAGUUCCAUGUGUUUUAUCUUGGUGUGACAUAUGUGUCUCGCCCAAUAGGUAUGGACAUUAUUAACGGGGCCAUAGAAAACCUCCUGUCAUCCACAGGCAAAGAAGAAUGGACCCCUGUCAUACUAAGCAUUGCGGACACCACCGUGGCUGUCAUCAAAGAGAAGGAGGAAGAGGAGGAGGUGAUGGUGGAGUGCCGUGUGCGGUUUUUGUCCUUCAUGGGCGUGGGACGGGACGUGCAUACAUUUGCCUUCAUCAUGGACACUGGGAACCAGCACUUCCAGUGUCACGUCUUCUGGUGUGACCCGAAUGCAGGCAGCGUGUCGGAGGCGGUGCAGGCGGCUUGUGUGCUCCGGUACCAGAAGUGUCUGGUGGCACGGCCGCCCUCUCAGCGUGCUGGCUCUUCCUCAUCUCCCUCUUCAGACUCAGUAACGCGCCGAGUGACCACCAGUGUUAAACGCAGCGUCCAGUCUCUCAUAGACACUCUGAAACCCAAGAAACAGCCGUCAGAACUGCCCCAGCAAUGACCGUCGCUACUCACCGCAUUGCACCCCACCUCAGCCUGGAUGCCACUCUCACAGUCACCACAAAAACACUUAAUCAGUACCAGACAUUGGAAGAGAUGAUGUACAUACAGUAUACUUACUACGACGGCGGAUGCAGGAAAGAGCGCCUGAUAAUAUAAAAAAAAAAAAAAACACAACAAAAACAACAAACAAAAA